ACAUAUGAUUGAGUGACGAAAUAGAAACAAUUUUUAAGACUUUAACUAAGAUAAUAGAUAUUAUUGUUAGGCAACUAACAUUGUUAUGAGCACUAUGAACGACAGCUAUGUAUCAACGUGCUGUACAGCGCUUUAGUGCAAGGGAAACAAUACUUACUGCCUACGCUAAUACAGCCUCUGAUUCGCGGUAAUACCAACAGGUUUUUUGCUAUAAUACGCCGGCGUCUAUUUGUGUAUCGCUUUAUAAAAGCAAGCGGCUGCAGAACAAAAACAUAGUGAGUGAGAAGCUUCACAAUGAUGGAGCUCACCUGUGCCUUCGUACUGUUAUCGGCGAGCUUAGUGUGUGCCACCCCCUACGGAUAUGGGGUCAAGGGUGGAGCAUCCGCGAGAGCGGAUUCUAGUGCUGUCGCUGGAGCCUUUGGAAUACCGGUUCCAGUGCCAUUAGGAGCUAGCUAUUCAGGAAGUUUUUCUAAAUCGGCUUCAUCCAGUUCAUCUUCCUCGAGUUCUAGUUCAAGUUCAAGCUCCAGCUCAUUUACCUAUAGUGGCUCCGGAGCUGGUGGUUUUGGAUUAAAUGGCGGAGUGCACGGGGGUGGAGAUUGCUCGUCUGGUAACUGUCAGACUGCCGGCAAUAAUGACGUACAAGCUCAACACGGGUCUGCUGCUCAUGGAUACAAUGCUGCUAAUGCAGCAGCAGCAGCUGGAGCGGGAGCUAUAUCAGGUUUAGGAUGCCAAGGACUAAACUGUCAUGAGAAUACUGAAAAAUGUGCGUCAGGACAAUGUAAACCACAAUCAGAAUCUGGAACUGGAAUAGAUGCUAACAAAUGCUCAUCAGGCCAGUGUGGUUCUAGUGCAGGACAUUCGUCUCCUUCGGGAUACGACUCCAAUGACAUUCAUGUUGCCAAUGGUGCUUCGAGUUCUGCUCACAACAACAAAGAUCAUUCUUCUAGUAUUGACAAAACGUCAACAACUUUGAACAACGCUGGUUCAGAUUGUUCUCAGGGAAAGUGUGGCGCAUCAGGGCCUUCAAGUCCAGCUUCUAAUUACUAUAAUCAUGGUUCAGAAAAUUCGAAUCAAGGAUUGAGUGCAUCUAACAAACAAGACACAACUAGUGCUGGUUUUGGCACUAAUACACAUUAUCCGAAACCUUCUACAUCUUUAGAAACACCUAAAUUAGGUGAAAAGUGUACCUCAGGAAAUUGCAAUGCUGAACCAGGAAAGCCAAGUUACGAAAGUUCGCCAUCCAGUUACAAUGUGCCAAUUCAUGGGUCAUACAAUCAACCUGACAUAAAGCCCUGUAAUGGUGGUAAUUGUCAUAACCAACCAAAGAAUACACAAGCUACCUCAUACGGAAAUUCACUAUCUUCGAACGCGAAUCAACAGCAUGGACAUCAUACCGACGAUUAUAUGACAUCAGGCUCGUCGUCUUUAAACAGUCCCAGCUCAACUAAUUGUGGAGGAUCAAGUUGUUUUGGGAAACCAAACAGUCAGGUAGCAACCAGCCCUUCAUUUUCUUCAAGCCCCACUAGCUCUAACUAUGGGCAAUCACCAUCGACCGCUCCUGCUGUAAGUGGGACACCCUGCAAGACGCCAAAUUGUAAUCCUCAUUCCUCAACUCCAUCAGGGUCUAAUGUAGCACCUGGACAUAUUGGGCAUGAUAAACCGUCUGAAACAUCAAAUGAUAAACUUCCAGCAUAUACAGGAGGUUUUGGUGGUCCAGCCGGUAUAUUAAAUCCUAAUGAAUUUAAUGCUCCUUCACCAGUUAUCAACCCAAGCCAUGGUCAUGCUAGUACAGGCCAUGAUGGAAAACCAUCAUAUAACCAGCCAGCUGCAAGUAUUCCGGCUGGCUGUAAUUCACCUAGUUGCUCUGGGUCUCCUUCCGCUUCUGGAUCUAAUGUGCCGACAGGUACUUAUACUCACCAACCUACCGAAAAAUUACCAGCAUAUACAGGUGGGUUCGGUGGUCCCGCUGGAAUGCUGAAACCUACUAAUACCAAUUCAAAUCAUGCUCACCCUGGGAGUUCGUCGUAUAAUACACCACAACCUAGUAACAUUGGGGUAGGUUGUAAAACAGGAGCUUGUGGUGGAUAUUCACCUACUGUAAGUGCUGUAAGUGCACCUACUGCAAGUGCUGCAUCUGGAGCAACAGCACCGUCUGGAUAUUAUGGCACAACGAAACCGGUCACUGGUGUGAGUGCACCUAGCGAAAAACUACCUUCUUAUACUGGCGGGUUUGGUGGCCCUGAAGGAGUAUUUACCCCUAAUAAACACGAUUCUCAUAUAACUGGACCUAGCAGCCCUGGUUAUACCGCUACAGGUUCUUACAAUAUUCCGACUUCCGGUGGCAUUAGUGGAGGUUGCACAACACCAAACUGUUAUCCUUCUGGAGCAAGUACUGCUGCAGCUAAUGCUCAAACUGAAGUAUUUGGAGUCACAAAACCAAGUUUUGGUUCGCAUCCCUCAAGUGGAACAUCUCCUUCUAUUCAUACAAGCGGUUACGAUAAACCUUCUGGAGCACACGGAUCUGAUGGAAUUAGCUCUCCUGCAUCCACAGCAAGCUAUAUACAGUCACCAUCUUCCUCUGGUCACUCGUCUGAUUGUCAAACAGGAAAUUGUGCCAUUUAUCCCAACAGCGGUCCAUCGGCUGGUUCCAAUGUGCACUCUGGAUCAUUCGGUUUAACCAAGCCUAAUACAGGUGUAAACCCCACUGGUCCACCACAACCUCAAUAUACGGGUGGAUUUAGUGGACCUUUUGGUUCAACUAAACCUAAUGAACACGUUACCCCUUCAACUGGCAGCGGAUCAAUCAACUGUAAAACGCCUAACUGCGUAAAUUCACCCACAGCUGGUGGUAGUGUGAUAUCUGCAGGUCAUUAUCAGUCUGGAGCCAACGCUCAAUCUGGAGCUAAUGCUCAAUCUGGAGCUAAUGCUCAAUUCGGAGUCGCUGGUGUUAAACCUAUUCAUGACAGUGAUGGAAAGCCAACCUACACAGGCGGUUUUGGAGGAGCAUCUGGCUUAUUGAAACCUAAUGAAUUUAAGAUGCCAGCUGUUAAUCCUAUAAUCAAUAAUAAACCAAUAGUAAGUGCCUCCCCUACUGCUUGCUCUUCUGGAAAUUGUAACCCUCACGCUACCGACUCUUCUGCUGCACAUUCUCACAGCGGUGCUACAAACGGAGCUCAUGCUACAGCAGCAGCUGCUGCUGAUGCUCACGCCGUUGUAUAUACUGGAGGGUUUGGAGGCCCACCUGGUGUUCUACAACCAUAUGAUGAUGGCAAAAUUGGACCAUUACCCACCACUGGAGGACACUUAUCUCUAACAACCGGCUCACAUGGAGAUUCUCACAAUGCUAACGUUAACUCACAGCACGGUACAAGUUCCGGAGGUUACAAUGCCCCAACGAGUGGAGCCCCUGUAGCUCCAGGAGCUCACGGCAAUACAGGUGCCCAUGGUGGUAGCGCUGCCGGUUACAAUGCCCCAACGAGCGCUACAGGGACUCUAGGAGCUCACGGCAAUACAGGUGCCCAUAGUGGUAGCGCUGCCGGCUACAAUGCCCCAACGAGUGCUACAGGGACUCAAGGAGCUCACGGCAACACAGGUGCCCUUGGUGGUAGCGCUGCCGGCUACAAUGCCCCAACGAGUGCUACAGGAGCUCCAGGAGCUCACGGCAACACAGGUGCACAUGGUGGUAGCGUUGCCGGCUCUACGGCAUUUGCGGGAGCUGCAGCAGGUGCUUCAGCUGGUGCCUAUGGACACAAUACACAUGGAUCAUAUAGUCAUGGAGGAAAUGUUAAGGGCGGCAGUCCGUGCGGCGGCGGCUGCGGUGGAUCAGGUGCAGGAUCACCUCAUGGUGGUGCCUCUUUUGACUUCAAUCUUGGACAACAUGGCUUUCCUAAAAUCGGUUUCGCCGAUGCAUUGAGUGGAGCUGGAAGUUUGUCAGCUGCGACAGCCAAAAGCCUGGCUGGCGCUUUUGGAGUGGGAGGCAGCUUCGCUGGCAGCUCCGCAAGCGCACAUUCUUCUUCUGGUGCAUACACUAAAGGAGGUUAUGGAAAGCGAUAAAUGGCGAAUUACCUACUACUUAGUAUUUUUAUGAAAACGAAGACUUAUUUAAUGUAACUUUUAUUAUAUUUUAAGUACUUACUAUAGUCGAUAAAUGUUGUGAUAACAAUGUGAUAAAUAACUUUGUCUCAAAUAAUUUGACAUGAUUAUAUACUUUAUUAUUCAGAAGUGCCUUAUUUUUGUAUGAAAACAUAAAACGAUCUAAAUAAAUGCGGAAAUAAUGUACGUAUAUGUAGCGUAGUGAGACAAAAAUGAGAAUCAUUAAAGCAUUAUGUUAAAAGCAAAUAAAAAAAAUAUAACUUA